GAAUCUCAAGGAAUCGUAUCCCCAGGCUGAGGCCGAACCCUACUUCUCUUUUUGCCAACGGAUCUAUCGUCGGAGAUGGGGCGAGAAGCCGUGAACGCAGCUCCAAUGUCGGGGAGGAGGAAGAGGAGCUCCAAGGAUCCAAUGGCGAAGAAACUGGAUCCGGUGAAGAAGCGCAACAGAGGCUCCUUCCCUCCUUCAAUCGCCGCCUCCGGAGCAUCCAAAUCUGGCCGCUUUAGGUUUUGUGAUUUCUCUUCCAAAGAAUCGCUCGACGACGGAUCGAAGACGGCGACGGGAACUCCCCGGUCGGCGCCUCCCAAUUUGAGAAACGUCGCCUUCAACUCCAAGAUCACCGCGAAGGCUGUGCGUAGGAAGAUCGGUUCCACCAAUUUCUCAAAACGAGCCACCACGGAUCUCGAGGCAGUGGACGAAUCGAAGCAGAUGUCGACGACCACACCGACUUCCUCCGCCACUCCUCCUAUUCAAGCUUCCAUUUCGCCGGAGGUCCCCACGGAUAGCUCCUUAGUCACGCCUGCGUGUUUCGCCGCGGGCCAUGUGAUCGUCGGAGUGCACGACCGGAGGAAAUGCAGGCCUAGAGGCAUACUCUCCGUGGGCGGAGGAAGAGAGCUGGAGAUUCCAGAGUUCAAUGGUGGAGUUGCUGAUCCAAUUAGGGUUUCUGUGACACCUCCACCACCAGCCGCCGCUUCCAUAAACUGGCUAUCUUCGCCUUCAAAAAAUGGAAAUUUGGGUCAUUGUCCUGCCGAAGCUUCCAUUGAUUGGCUACUUUCACCUGGUGAAGAUGAAGAAGUGCCAUCGCCUGAGCUCAAUUCUCCGUGCUCGGAGACAACACCAUCAUCUGGUGUCAUGAUUCUGCGAACUCCGACCUCCGGCGACAGUGUCAGUCCCUUCUCUUCGAUCCUAGAUAGAAUUGCAAAGACAUCCCAAAGCAAACAUCGCGAGCGUCGACAUUCUUUGGUUGAAGACCAUGUUACCUCUGCACCUUCAUUGCAUUCAAGUUCAACAAAGAACAACAAUUUAUGUCAGCCAAGGCCACAAAGGCACAAUGCAAAUCGUCAAACAACAUGCUGCGGGCUUAGUUUCCAGUUUGGAUCGAUCGAAACUUCAUCAAACUCUGUAGAUUUAGACCGGUUUCAGCAUCUGCCGCCAUCUGAUAACAUUGAUCAGACAAGAAUGUCAGGCUAUCGAUGGCUUUCAGACGACGAGGAUGAUCUCAACUGCCUCAAAGAAGAUAGAGCAAGCUUGAUAUCUGAUCACGUGGAAAGUAAUGGGGACAAUAAUCAAAAUGGACACAUUGCAGCAGCUGGUUUUGGAUCUGUUGAAUUUGUGUUUGAAGCUGAAAAAACUGGCGCCAAAGGUCCUAUACGAGGACCGAUUUCGUCAGCAGAAUCCAUCAGCAUGGAGGGGAUUGUGAUUGCAGCCUCCGAUGAUUCUGACUGGACAUUGUCCUACAAGAACCACUUAUUUGAAACUUGCUUCAUGAAGAAACAUUAUUGUGUAUUCAUCGAAACGACGACUCAUGAAUCUCCAACUUCAAUGCUUGUUUCUGUUUAUGGAAAUUCACUCCAUGCUGCAAAGAAUGUGGCAUAUUACAGUGAGCUAGACCAUCAGAGCAAGAACAAGAGCUAUCUUCAAGUCAUCCUACUGCAGUAGAAGUGCA